AUCGCCAAGAUCACGAUGGAAUUCUGGCUGGCUUUUGGCCUGCCUCUGCACACAGCAAAGUCGCGUUAGCAGCAGAAGUUUAUUGAUUUGCCACAGAGCUAACCGGAGAAGUUGUCGUCUCGUUGUCGACUCAGGAAAGGAAGAAAACGAUCGCCUACUACGGUCUGUGGCAGCCGAAAUCAGUGUACAGAGCAGGAAAAAAACGGGAACUGUAGUGAUUUUUUUUGUUUGUUCUAUCGCGAAAAAAUAAACCACCAGGUCACAGUGAGUAUCGACCAGCAGAAUUCCCAAUCCACCUCCGGGAGUGGACGCAAACAACAGAGGCGGUGGUGGCAUUGGACGUGACGUGAAGGUUUCGUAGUGGAGAAAAUCUCGGGGCGGAUACCUACUGGGACGGUAGUUUUUAGAGUUUUUCGAAAUCGGAAUACAAAGGUGGUCAACCAGCUCUACUGGAGAGGUCAGCUGGAUUUUUUUUACUCACACAUCCCCUCGAAACAGAAGAAAAUUUAUACGUGAUUAGCUCAGUCAUCCGAUUCCAAUUACGGCUGAAGAAAAUUUUUGCUGGCUCUAGGGGGCUACUGGAAGCAGCAGAAAAAGUGCAUGAGCAGUGCGAUUCCGUGCCAAAAAUUGGGUUUGAUAGAAGAGAAUGUGCAUGUUUUACGGGCUGUUGCGACAAAUUAGACGGGAAACGAAAAAAUCGAUCCUUUCUAUUGAUGGAAGUUCUGAAAUGUCCAAUUAGAAUGUGAAAAUUUUGCAAACUUCAAUGUGUUGUGUUCUUAAUCAAAAUAUUUCCCUCUAGAAGGAAGAGUUUUUCCUCUUCGUCGGUGGUGCAAGCAGCGAUAUUAAAUUCAACAGAAAAAAAUCCAAUAAAAAAGUAAUGCAUGAGUUUUGCGUGGUGGUGAGAAGAAAGUGUGAAAGAAAGCAGCACUAGCGAAAAAAAAGUUUAGUUUCACUUCCCUUCGAUGGGAAAAGGUAAAGCAAAGCAGAAGAAGAAAUACGAAGCAAAAAAUACCAAAUAGUGGAAUCGAUACUGUUCGGGGCGGUGGAACGGCGGCAGCAUAAUCGCUUGACUGACUCACCGACCGACCGACUGACUCCGACACAGACGCCGAGCAUUGGUUCUUCCGGAACCGUCAUCACCGCUUACUAUCAUCCAUCGUUCCUCGGGGGCUGUGCGAGAAUAGGCGACACGGCAGUAUGGCCUCCGGCGAUACGGCAGCAAUUGACACGAUUGAUGUGGAGUCGGCACUGUCCACCAAGAACUCGGAAUAUACGACCAGCAGUAGUAACUACAACAAGGACCAGCUGCUGCUGCAGGAGCAGGAUGAAUAUGGAAAAUUCAUCAAGGAUACCCCCGGGAAACAAGUGCUCUCCGAUGGCAUGUCGGCGGACCAGGCCCUGGCCUCCCGGCCGCACAGGCCCAAGUCGGACAAGGAACGCAAGAUUGGCCAUCGGCGGGUGGGCGAGGGCGGCGAAAUUACCUACAAGAAAAUUCAAACCACCCAGAUUAUGGGCUCGAUCCAGCUGGGCAUUCAGCACACAGUGGGCAGCCUGGCCUCGAAACCCCGCCGAGAUCUGCUGAUGAUGGACUUUUGGGAGCUGGAGACGAUAUCGUUUCCCCCGGAGGGCUCCAGCAUGACCCCGGCGCACCACUUUAGUGAGUUUAAGUUCAAAAUCUACGCUCCGAUAGCUUUUAGGUACUUUCGGGAUCUGUUCGGCAUCCAGCCGGAUGAUUUCAUGAUGUCAAUGUGUUCAGCCCCACUGCGGGAACUCUCGAAUCCGGGUGCGUCCGGGUCGAUAUUCUAUUUAACCGAUGACGAUGAGUUCAUCAUCAAGACUGUGCAGCAUAAGGAGGGUGAAUUUCUGCAAAAACUGUUACCAGGAUAUUACAUGAAUCUAAAUCAAAACCCCCGCACGUUGUUGCCGAAAUUUUUCGGCCUGUACUGCUACCAGUGCAAUAGUAAAAACGUUCGACUAGUGGCCAUGAACAACUUGCUGCCGUCAUACGUGAAGAUGCAUUUGAAAUAUGAUCUGAAAGGGUCAACCUACAAACGAAAGGCCAACAAAGCGGAACGUCUGAAACCGUCGCCCACCUACAAGGAUCUGGACUUCAUGGAGCACCACCCGAACGGUAUCUUCCUGGAGGCAGACACGUGCAAUGCGCUGAUCAAAACCAUCCAGCGGGACUGUCGGGUGCUGGAAUCGUUCAAAAUCAUGGACUACUCGCUGCUGGUCGGGGUGCACAAUCUGGACCAGGCCCUGAAGGAGAAACAGGAAGCGGCCGCCAAGGCCAAAUCCGAAGGGGAAUCCGACUACGAGGACGCACCGGAAGCCGACCAGUACAUGGUACAGGAACGGGAAGAACAACGAACGACGGCCCUCAAUCGAAGCAGAUCGAUCAAUCGACAACGGCUCGUAGCGCAUUCGACUGCAAUGGAGAGUAUUCAGGCCGAAAGUGAACCGAUCGACGAGGAGGAUGAUGUACCACCGGGUGGUAUUCCAGCGCGCAGCGAAAAGGGUGAGCGACUCCUACUGUUCAUCGGUAUCAUCGACAUCCUGCAGUCCUAUAGGUUAAGGAAAAAACUCGAACACACGUGGAAAAGUAUUAUUCACGAUGGUGAUACCGUAUCGGUACACCGGCCUUCCUUUUAUGCACAACGCUUUCAGGACUUUAUGGCGAAGACCGUCUUCAAGAAAAUUCCAUCCCUGGAUCUUCCCGAGAUCAAAGGCAAUCAUAGAAAAUUUCGCACCUUGGUCACCAGUUACAUAGCGCUUAAGCAUUCGCCGUCGAAGAGAAAAAGCCUCUCGAAAGCAGCACAGAGAGCUAGAAAUGAUGAAACUGAUAGUCAACCCGUAGCAGGAAGCUCUCAUCAGCAUCACCACCAUAAUCAGCAACAGCAACAGCAGCAGCAGCGAGAUCACAAGCAACAGCAACAGCAGCAGCAGCAGCCGCAACAACAAGGCCACCAGCAGUUCCACCCCACACAGACGCAUUUCAACCAGCACACCACUGGAACGCCAAAGUCUGUGGACACAGAUACGGCGUCCAGUGUGUACUCGGCAACCUCGACAACGCCCAGUGGCGGCGGUCAGACCGGAACCAAAUCGGGUACGGUGAAGAUGAGCUCCGUAACGCCAACGAUGCCACCGCUGAAGAAGAAAACCACCAUUGUGAAAACUAGCGUUCCGCCACCGGUGCCGCCACGCGGGUCACCCAAGAUGAGUAAAGCGGGCAUGAAGGGUGGUGGUGGCGGCGGAGGACCAGGAGCGACCGGUUCCCUACCGAGCCAGUCCAGUAGUGGGCACCGGGGACGGUCCAGUGCAGGCACAUCUCCUUCCUGUUCUUCCACCCCUCCUCCCGCUUUCGACGAUAUCUCCGAGCACGGUAGCAGUAGUCAUCGGCACUCGUCGGACGAUAACAAAACGGGCAGCAGCGGCGGUGGUGGCGGCAGCGGUGGGGUCACCAGUGGCCUCAGCCGGAGCAGCGGGGGAAUCGGCGACGGUGGCAGCACCGGAGGCACCGUGGACCGGCGGAGUGCUUCGUGCCGGAGUGAUAACUACAAGGAAGACUCGAUAAGUAUAUCAGAAAUAAGAUUAGAAAGUCAUUUAGCAGUCGAAUCGUCAUCCAAUAGCAAUUACGGAUCUAGAGGUGCAUUAGCGUGGACACCACCGGCCUCGGUCGAAGGAUCCACCCCGACCUGGACCGAGGGAACACCUAGCUUUACGGAGUCGAGCUCCAGCGGUGAUAUAGGAACAUUCUCAGGCCAUUCGUCUCCACUGCAUACCACCCUCUCGGAUCGGGACCGCCACAAGCCAACGGUCGAGAAGGCGCUCAAUUCGCUCACGUCCGAAAUGCUGGAAGCCAUGGAAGAUUGUUUCAAAAGAAUCAGUAGUGUGAACAAUUCCGACGAACGCGCCGGACAUCAACAGGGGGAACGAUGUGACUCGGAUUGAAAGUUGUGGGAAAUUUGCGCCGAUUUAAAUAGUUUGUUUCAUUUCUUUCACGCAACUAGUUUCGUGCUUGUGAGCCAGACAAUCAAUUGACUUUGUGGUUAUGUUAGGGAUGAUAACGAGGAUGACGUGCGUUCCAAUAUACAAAAGUAUGCAGUAAAAUCAAAUUCUGUGGAUGUUUAAUGGAACCAAACAAUAAACGGCAUUUACACGAAUUAUUAACCUAGGAGAUGUGUCAAAACCAUUUAAUAGAGGCAGGCUUUGUAAUAACAUGAUUUGAAUAAAUAAGAGGUCUGUAAAUAUGUGUUAAACGACUAGAAGUGCGAUUUAUUAAGUUCCUUGUCAGACAUCCAAGGGCCGCUUGUAACAUACAUGUAUUUUAUUGCAUUAAAAAAUGUGCUCUUUUAAAACACUGUAAUACCAAUAUUAUUACUUGAGUUAGAAUAAUAUUAAAUUUUAUUUUGUUUUUGUUAUUUUUGUUUGCAUUUGGGCACACAUUUUUACGAAUAAAAUGUACUAUUUUGAUUCAAUUACCGAACAUGAUAGUCUUAUCAAAUUUUUGAUCUUAUGAUGUUCUCAGUAUGUGUUUUUCUAAUUUGAAUUUCAUGAAAAAUUUGGAACGAUUUCCCGGGAAAAUUCAAAAGAAAAGUUUGAGUGUUAUUUUUUUAAAUUGAGAAAAAAUGGAUGAUCGUUUCAUGAUUUAAAAGGCACCUAUUAUGUAUUUCAAUAGUACGGUUUUCUGAGUAGAAAUCUUCUAGUUUAUGUGUUGUUGUGUGUACGUUAUUCAAAGUCAAGCUGUGGUGGGAGCCGUCUUGGCGUCAGCGGAAAUAGUCAGACGGUAAACGAUACACAAUAACAGAAAAUAUGCGGACAACCUUCCAAAAAGGACCUCUAAUUUAUUCAAAUUUAAAAGGUGUUUUAAAAGAUGUUCAAAGUAUUUCUAUAAAUUUGAUUGGAAAAUUUUCAUCGACGCAAGCCAUUCUUUAUUUGUUAAUCAUCAUUCGAAGCUAGAAUGUAAAAGUAAAAGAAUGAGUGAAUGUACAAGAAAUAUAUAUAACAAACAAUAAUAAUAAGAAGAAACAAAAGGUGUAAUACGCUAUGCAGUAUAAUAGAUAUGUGAAAUAUUUACAAGAUGAAAAAUCGAUACAAUAAUAAGAUAGUUAUUAAAAAUUAAAGGGGAGAAAUCGAAUUAAAUUACAAAUGUUCUCAGUUGUUCAGUUAUUUGGAUUUUAUUUACCGGAGAAUAGAAAAUACGUUUAUUUUGUUUGCAAUUAUUUCCAUUUGAACUUUUUUGCGUUUUUUGGGCGCCAAUAUGUCUUCGUUGUGUUUGCCGAAAACUCAUUUAUUUCCCGAUUGAACAAAAAACAUACACACACAUUCGGAUAGAUAGUUAGGCGUACUCGAAACAAAUUGACAACUUCAUCGCGGAGAACCCGAACAACAGAAUGUUUGGAAUAAUAAUAGUCUGAAACACAAUCAGACGCAAUAAUUGUUAUUAUAUCCAUCUCAAUGUUUACUCGAAAGUUCUUUGUUUGUAACACUUUCUGGCACCCUCACACAUCGCGAAGCAAUAUUGUAAAACAAACACUAACUUAUGUAUGUAUAUUACUCCAUUUAGCAAACUCUUUGCGUUUUUUGGUUAUAAGAUGCUUCUUUCUGUUUUCGGUGUUCGCUUGAUAAAGACGGUAAAGGGUGACGAUAGCCUAUGGAACUAACUAGAAUGUAAUCAAAAUAAAACGAAAUUACUUACAAAAAGCCAAAAGCGAAUUCGUCGAAAACAAAGAAUCUAUCCAACAAAUAUCAUACAUCUCAAUGUAUCUCGUGGUUGUAAGACUACUAAAUAAAUGAAAGAGAAAAGACAUCAUAAAACGCUGGUUUAGACUGAUUGUGAUUCCAUUUCUUUUCUCUCACUCUGACCACCCUGCUUUCCUUACAGUGACUAUAAUAAUAGUGUCGUCAAGUGUCAGAAUUGGAACAGAAUCGUCUGUCAGUUCCAUACAAAUGCGCGUUCCAAACGAGCAGGAGACCUGUCAAACGUGGCACAUGACGUUACUCUUCUUAUAGGACUCUAGCUUUCCUAUGUUUUGUUUCUGUUGAUUUUCGUUUAUCAAAUAGAAUUUAUUUUUCAGGU